AAAAUUAUCUUGUUUAUAGAAUAAAUAAAAAAAGUAAUUUGUUUGAUUCAUAAAUCUAUUGUUAAAAAAUACAAUGCCUGCCGAAAACUUGGAAGAACAAGGAUUGGAGAAAAAUCCUAAUUUGGAGUUAGCUCAGUACAAGUUUCUGCUAACACUAUCUGAACAUAAACACGAAGUUGAAUUGAAAAAUAAGUUGUUGGAUGCAGUGAAACUGGAUAAUAUGGCUCCAUACUAUGAGUAUCUAUGCAACGAAUUACAGUGGACCGUUGAAAAUGAUUUGCUUGAUCGGAUGAAGGAACAAAAUCGAAAGGAUCUAGAGAAAUUGGAUGAGGCUAUUGAAGAUGCUGAAAAGAACUUGGGUGAGAUGGAAGUAAGAGAGGCCAAUUUAAAAAAAUCGGAAUACUUAUGUCGCAUUGGCGAUAAAGUAGCAGCAGAGUUGGCAUUUCGUAAAACUUAUGAAAAAACUGUAUCAUUAGGCCAUCGUUUGGACAUAGUCUUUCAUUUAAUACGCUUGGGCCUUUUCUAUUUGGACCAUGAUUUGAUAACACGUAAUAUUGAAAAGGCAAAGUAUUUAAUAGAAGAAGGCGGAGAUUGGGAUAGACGCAAUCGGUUAAAGGUCUACCAGGGUGUUUACUCAGUAGCUGUACGCGAUUUUAAAGCUGCAGCAACAUUCUUCUUGGAUACGGUUAGUACAUUUACCUCUUACGAACUAAUGGAUUAUCCCACCUUUGUGCGUUAUACGGUCUAUGUUGCCCUUAUUGCUUUACCUCGCAAUGAACUACGCGAUAAAGUUAUAAAAGGAGCGGAAAUCCAAGAAGUAUUACAUGGUCUGCCCGACGUAAAACGUUAUUUGUUUUCAUUAUACAAUUGUCAAUAUGCUGACUUUUUCAAACACUUGGCCGAAGUUGAAAUCAUUUUACGGAAUGAUUAUUUAGCACAUCCUCAUUAUCGUUUCUAUGUCCGUGAAAUGCGUAUUUUGGCCUAUACACAACUAUUGGAGUCUUAUCGUUCUUUAACCUUGCAAUAUAUGGCCGAAGCUUUUGGCGUUAAUGUAGACUAUAUUGAUCAGGAACUAUCUCGUUUUAUAGCCGCCGGACGGUUGCAUGCUAAAGUAGAUCGUGUUGGUGGUAUUGUUGAAACUAAUCGUCCCGACAAUAAAAAUUGGCAAUAUCAGGCCACAAUUAAGCAAGGCGAUUUGCUAUUAAAUCGUAUUCAGAAAUUAAGUCGUGUUAUAAACAUUUAAUCACCCACAGCAGUAUUUAUAAUAAAAUUGUGCAGUAGUAAGCAUACAAAUUUGCAUUAUAAAUAUGGCUGGCAAUCAUUUUAUAACUUUAUCCAAUAAAUAAAACAUCAUUUAGUCCCAAAUAA